UUGAAUUUUCCAUUUAGUAUCAGUAAUUUUUCACGUUAUUGUCAAUUUGUCCAUUUUUAUUUUUUAGCUUUCUGUCUGUUUGGCAUUUGUCUAUUUUUAUCUUUUGGCAUUUUGUCGUUUCUCGUUCCUAUUGACAAUUUGUCUAUUUUAGCUUUACGUUUAUUUUUUAAUUUCGUAAAUGUUUUUUUAAAGGAAAGGAAAAUGUUUCGUAAAUUAAAAUCUAAAACUGGUGAUAAUUCUGCAAGAAAUAUUAGACAAAGAAUUGAGGAAGAAGGAGAUGCUCAAAUUAUUUCUGCUAAACGAACUCUUCCAGACGAUAGCCAAACCGUCAAUAUAGACAACGAAGCUACUCUUCAAACAACUGGACCUAAACAUACUGGACUUAGUUUUAACGAAGGAGAAGGUGAUGAUUUGGUUGGGUUUAAGUUGAAAAAGCACGGAACUCACGGACACCGCUCAGUUGUUGAAGCAAAUGAGAGAACAUUAAGGAAACAGAAAAUGCUUGCAGCUAGAGCAGAACGAAUAAAAAUAGCAGCUGCAGAUAUCACAAUAAAAAGAGAAGAUGGAAUUGAUGAGGAAGAGAUGACAAGACAAAAUACGAAAAGCCCGGACGAAACGACUGCUUCCCAUUCCGAAGAGAUUAUUAGUGUGAACUCAAUGGAAGAUGUUCGGGAAGUAUUCCCAACUUCAUUUGAUGGAAUUCCUGAUGCAAAAGCAGUCUAUGAGGCACGAAAAAAGAGAGAGAUUCUUAGACAGAAGGGCGCUGGAGGUAAUACUGGAGAAUUUAUUCCUUUGGAUGACACAGUUCGGCUUAAGGGAAGUGGACAAUCGGGUGAGCGGUCUCGUUUGGUACGUGAGGACGAAAAUGAUAUGUCUGAUGAAGAGGAAGGAGGGAGUUUUUAUUCUGCCAAAAAACUGCUUCAAACUGAAGAAGAUGCUCGGCGAGAAGAACAAGCCAAUUUUUUGUCUUUGGAACAGGGUAGUAGUGAUGAAGAUGGAAUGCCAAUAAAAAAUGGAAAUAGGCGGAGAAAGAAUUCGAAGAAGACUAAAAAGGCCGCUAAUGAAGAAGUCUCUGAUGCAGAAAAUGAAGAUGAUGAAUUACAACGUUGGGAAAGGGAACAAAUAAUGAAGGGAGUUAGUUCGAAUAAGGUAAUGCAAAUGAGAAAUGAGUUGGCGGCAACAAAUUUGUAUUAUCCUGAAUAUUCAAAUCGUCUUGAAAAAGAGGGGGAAGGCGAAGCUGAAAUGGAUAUUGAAGUUGAUUUGGAAAUAUUGGAUGUUCAACAACAAAAUGUAAAAAUCUCGCCUACGAUUUCAAAACCUGAUAAUUCAACAAUUCCAGAGUUGGCAAAUGGCACAAAAUCAAAAGUUUCCCUUGAACAACUUUUAAAUGUGUUACAACAACGUCUCGAUGAAAGAAAAGAAAAUACCAAUACAAUGGAAUUUGAUUUGAAACGAACACAAGGGCAAAUUGCUGAAAACACAGAUUCAAUCCAUAAGCUUGAACAUUAUAUCCCUCAAUUAGAACAUAAAUUUAAAAUGUUGCAAGAUGUACGUAUUUACACGCGUGAUUUGCUUGAUUGUUUAAAUGAGAAAUUUUUAAACAUAAAUGCAUCGGAAGAGCGAGUAAUGGAAAUGUGGAAACAACGAACAGAAAGAUUAAUAAAGAGAAGGAGGCAAGAUGUCCAGGAUCAAUAUGAACGUUGUGCGGCAAAUGCAGCUGGUCGAUCUUUCAUAAUUCCCAAUCCUGAGUUUGCACUAAGAGAGACUGAACGUGAGGCUAGAAGGUUGUGUUAG